GUAAAUAUUUUAUUAGGAUUUUUAUUAUCAACUUUAUUACACUUGUUUGAUCAAAAAGUUAUGCAAAUUGCAUAAUUUCGUAUUCAAAAAUUUUUUUCUCAAUGAUAGCUUUGAAGUAACGAAACUGUAUAUACUUGAAAACGAGCUGAAGGAAUAAACAGAAUAAAUUUUCCCUUGUUGUGUUUACAUUUUUCGAGGUUAUGGAGAAUCCCGCCACUUCAUCGAAAAUCCAAUAGGGAAACAUUGGCCUUUGCGUUUUAGAUUGUGACACCUGUAGUAUACGCUGUACUAUAAAAAAUUAUUUAAAUUAAAUAAUCGCAUUACGACAAAGUAAUUAUAUAAAUUAUUAAUUAUGAGUAAACGAACUUUACGUUCAAGAACCCGUAUUGAAGAUCUAGAAUCACCUAAAAAAGUACCGAAAAAAGAUGAAAAAAAAGCUACUAAAACCACAACGCGUCCAAAGCCACAAUCAUCUAAACCAGCAACACCUAAACGGCAACCAGCUAAAUCUAAAGCGAAAGCUAAACCUCAAACUCAGCCUAAAAAAGCAAUUAUCAAUGGAAAAGAAAACAAAGAAACCAUUGCUACUCCUAAAAGGAAGCGAGAAGUUAAAAAACCCAAGGUAGAAGAACUGUACUCAGAUGAUGAUGAUGAUGAUGAGGAAAAAGAAGAAAAAACUCCUGUAAAAAGGAAGAGGAGGAAGAUUGUUGUUCCUUCUGAUGAAAGUGGAGAUGAUUCGGAUGAAUACAAGCCAAGUGACGGCGAUGCUUCAGACUCAGACGCAUCAAUAUCAUCAGCUGCUGCUAGCUCUGAAGUGGACACAUCGUUGAAUAAUACGGCAGAUACUGUUUCUGACGAUGAGCCACCACCUAAAAGAGAACAGAAACCGAGGAAUCCUGGUAAAGGUAAAAAGUGGUAUCCAAAUAAAAAAAAAGUCGAGGAUGAUGAUGAGUCUGGCAAGUCAUUCCAAUUGGCAAAGGCUAAACUACAAUCAGGACCUGUGUCAGGUGCUGAAAGUUGGCCUCAUUUAAAGUAUCCAUUUCUUCAGCCGGAAAAUAUUCUAGAUGCAGAAAAAAGACGACCUGAUCAUCCAGAAUAUAAUCCGAAAACACUCUAUGUGCCUCAGGAAUUUCUUGAUAAGCAAACCCCAUCGAUGCGUCAGUGGUGGAUACUCAAAAGUCAACACUUUGACUGUGUGUUGUUUCAUAAAAUUGGUAAAUUUUAUGGGAUGUAUCAUAUGGAUGCAGUCUCUGGAGUAAAUGCUCUUGGCUUAAAUUUUAUACAGCGCGAUUUUGCAUAUACAGGAUGUUUUGAAGUAAACUACAGUCGGCUUUUCAAAACUUUUGUUGAAAAAGGCUACAAAGUAGCCCGUGUUGAACAAACUGAAACUCCAGAAAUGAUGGCAAAGCGUUGUGACAAAUCAAAAUCAAAAGCAUCUAAAUUUGAUAAACUUGUUCGACGUGAAGUAUGCCAAAUUAGUACUCGAGGUACACGCGUCUCUACGGUCCUAGACAUAGAAAAUUUUUCAUCGCAUUCUAAUUAUUUGUUGUCGCUGGUUGAAGAUCAUUCCAAUAAAUUACCUACUUAUGGCAUUUGUUUUAUUGACACAAGUAUCGGUAUUUUUCAUUUAGGUCAAUUCAAAGAUGAUUGUCACAAUUCACGUCUCCUUACGUUACUGUCUCAUUACACACCUGCCCACGUUGUCUAUGGAAAAGGAAAUCUUUCUCCAGUAACAAUGAAAAUUCUCAAUACGCAUUUGCCUGUGACAACAUUAAAAGAGGCUUUAUUAAAAGAUCAAUUUUGGUCUGUCAAGGUGAUUCUUGAUAAGCUUAAGGACGGUCACUACUUUAAAUACGAAUCAGAUGAAUUUUCUUGGCCAGAAGGAUUGAAACCUUUCAUAAAUUAUCAUGAUAAUAAUAAGACUGUUGAUCCAGUUAAUAAUAAAAAACUGGCUAUUAAUGCUUUUGGAGGAUGUGUUUCUGUACUAACUGAUUGUGUGUUAGAUGAACAACUACUCGCGCUUAAAAAAUUUCAAACAUAUAUUCCACCCGAUAUGAAUGUUGUUGAUGGGAAACGUGUUGGUCCACUCGUUAAUAUGGUUAUCGAUGCUGCGACUAUUGAAAAUUUAAAUAUUCUUGGUAAGAGUCCUUCACUCCUAUCGACUUUAGAUUAUUGCUGUACUGACUUUGGUAAGCGGUUAUUAAAAGAAUGGGUUUGUAGGCCAGCUUGUAAUAGAGAUAUUAUUACAGCUCGUAUAGAUGCUGUCUCAGAGUUGCGUGAUCUAAAACGCAUAUGUCUUGAUGCUAAAAAGCAGUUAAGUAGCCUUCCAGAUCUCGAGAGAUUACUAACUAUAAUUCACGGUCAUGGUAAUGCUUCCAAAAGCAAAAAUCAUCCCGAUUCUCGUGCCAUCAUGUGUGAAUGGAUGACAUAUAAUAAAAGAAAAAUUACCGACUUAGUGACUUGUUUAAACGGUUUCAAAAAAGUAGUUGAAAUUAUGAAACUUUUUGACUCUUUAGUGAGCGAUUUAAUAGUACAAACAACACAAGUUGAACCGAAAGGAGAAUUUCCUGAUAUGACUGAAGCUCUAAACCAUUUUGAUGCGAGAUUCGAUUCAACAUUGGCAUUAAAACAAGGAUGUAUAAUUCCUAAAAAAGGAAUGGACUUGGAAUAUGAUCAAGUGAUUGUCGAGUUAGAGCAAAUAAAAAACGAUGCAGAUGAGUAUUUGAAAUCCCAAAGCGAAUAUUUUGGAACCGAAAUUAAAUACGUAGGCGGGGGCGAUGAUCCUUAUCAACUUGAAGUUCCAGAAAGUUGCGCGAGUAAAGUUACUCCUGAUUAUGAAUUGGAAAAUAAACGUAAAGGAUAUAAACGAUACUCGACUGAGCAAACUAUAAAACUUCAAGAACGACAAACAGCUGCUGAAGAACACCAUGAUAAAGUACGUAAAGAUUCUGAUAGACGGACUUUUGCUAAAUUCAGCGAGGAUUACGAUAUGUGGGCUACAGCUGUCUAUAAAGUUGCUGUUCUUGACGUUCUUAUUUCUCUUGCUGAAUAUUCCAGAAUUGGUGACAAGUGUGCUCCAGAAAUCAACGAUACGGAUGAAGUUAUGCUAGAUAUUCAAGAAGGAAUUCAUCCUUUCAUCACAUCUGAAAAUUUUGUACCCAACGAUACAUCACUUGCGAUCAAUGGUUACGGACCCCUGGUGAUUUUAACUGGACCAAACAUGGGUGGAAAGUCAACAAUAAUGCGUCAAGUCGGUUUGCUGAGCAUUAUGGCACAUAUAGGCUGCCAUAUACCAGCACAAAGUUGUAAACUUUCGUUGAUAGAUCGUGUUUUCACUCGACUCGGUGCCAAUGAUGACAUGAGAACUGGCAGAAGCACAUUUUUAGUCGAAUUGAGCGAAGCUGCUACAUUUGUACUACAUGCUACGAAAAAUUCUCUAGUCCUCGUUGACGAGCUCGGACGAGGAACAUCAACACACGAUGGUACAGCAAUAGCUGCGGCUAUCCUCAAAGCUCUCUCAAAACUUGAAUGUCGAACUUUAUUCUCUACCCACUAUCAUAUGCUGGUAAGCGAAUUUAAAGAUAAUCCCGCUGUCUCACCAGCUCACAUGGCAUGUCAAGUUGAGAGUGAAGAGACUGACGCUACUCAAGAAACCGUAACUUUUUUGUACAAGCUUACUAAAGGUCCAUGCCCAAAAUCGUAUGGAUUUAAUGCAGCAAGAAUCGCUGGAAUCAAAUCUCAUAUCACAAAACGAGCUAAUGAGCUUGCUAAAAAACUAGAAGAUGCUGGAAAUCGAAGGAAUUUAUUUAUAUCAUUAUGUAGCGUUAACCGCCGCAACAUCAAAGAAAUACUUGCUACAUUUAACUCAUUUUCUAAUUAAGUAA